ACGUAAAAUUUCGACAUUCACGCUGUUAUCCAACUACUUCAGCUGCAUGAAAUCAGUGAACUUCGCCAAAGACAUUCAAAUAAAAAGUAGUGUUUUUGAAUACAAUACUGGGCAUACGGCAGAGGGAGGAUGUCUCAGUACCUGAGGCUCCUCUCGGCGGCGGUUCUGCCUCUGUGCCGGGCUGGAGGAACCCGGGCUCGGCUCUCUGUUCUGAGGGCAGGACGACUCUUCACAGCCGGAUACAAGAGCUCCUCUACCGCGAAUAUCUGUCGGACUCCAGCUAACUUCCUGUUGAGGAGCAGAUUCCAGUCAGCUCAACGGCGACUGUACUCUACUGAACCCAAAGAUGGAGGAGGAGGAAGAUCAAGUGGAGGGAAGAAAGGAGGUGGUGCAGGAAAAGACUGGUGGAGCCGAAUGCAGAAGGGCGACUUCCCCUGGGAUGAGAAGGAUUUCCGUUACAUGGCGAUCACCGUGGCUGGAGUUAGUUCAGCUCUGCUCUACUACUACUUCAGAGACAAUGGCAGAGAGAUCAGUUGGAAGGACUUUGUUCACAAAUACCUUGGCAGAGGCCUGGUGGACCGGUUGGAAGUCAUCAACAAACAGUACGUCAGAGUCAUCCUAGUACCAGGAGGUGACGCUAAUACGAGCUACGUUUGGUUCAACAUUGGCAGCGUGGACACGUUUGAGAGAAACCUGGAGAUGGCACACAUGGAGCUCGGCUUGGAACCAUCACACCGAGCCACUGUAGUGUACAGCACGGAGAGUGAUGGCUCUUUUCUCAUGAGCUUGCUCCCCACCCUGCUGCUGAUUGGUUUCCUCCUGUUCACCGUGAGGCGAGGGACAAUGGGUGGAGGCGCAGGAGGCGGGAGGGGUGGGCCCUUCAGCAUGAGCGAGUCAACAGCAAAAAUGAUGAAGGACAGCAUUGAUGUGAAGUUUAAGGACGUGGCUGGCUGUGAAGAGGCCAAACUGGAGAUCCUCGAGUUUGUCAACUUCCUGAAGAACCCACAGCAGUACCAGGACCUUGGAGCCAAGAUACCCAAGGGUGCGGUUUUGUCUGGUCCUCCUGGAACAGGAAAGACACUGCUGGCCAAAGCCACAGCUGGAGAAGCCAAUGUCCCGUUUAUCACUGUCAAUGGCUCCGAGUUCCUGGAGAUGUUUGUAGGCGUCGGUCCAGCCAGGGUGAGGGACAUGUUUGCCAUGGCGAGGAAGAACGCCCCCUGCAUCCUCUUCAUCGAUGAGAUCGAUGCUGUAGGGAGGAAGAGAGGAGGAGGUAACUUUGGUGGUCAGAGUGAACAGGAGAACACCCUGAACCAGCUGCUGGUGGAGAUGGACGGUUUUAACACUGCGACUAAUGUGGUGGUUCUGGCUGGAACGAACAGACCUGACGUUCUGGACCCUGCUCUGAUGAGACCAGGCCGCUUCGACAGACAGAUCUACAUAGGUCCCCCGGACAUCAAGGGAAGGGCGUCCAUUUUUAAAGUUCACCUUCGACCAAUCAAAGUGGACCCAAACAUGGACAAAGACACGCUCGCCAGGAAGAUGGCCGCUGCUACACCAGGAUUCACCGGAGCUGACAUCGCCAAUGUCUGCAACGAGGCUGCUCUGAUCGCUGCCAGAUACCUGGGCCCGUCUGUCAAUGCCAAACACUUUGAACAGGCCAUCGACAGAGUCAUUGGAGGUCUGGAGAAGAAGACUCAAGUCCUACAGCCGACAGAGAAAAAGACUGUGGCGUAUCAUGAGGCCGGUCACGCCAUCGUAGGCUGGUUCCUGCAGCACGCGGACCCACUGCUGAAGGUGUCGAUCAUCCCACGUGGGAAGGGUCUGGGUUAUGCUCAGUACCUGCCCAGAGAGCAGUACCUGUACAGCAGAGAGCAGCUGUUUGACAGGAUGUGCAUGAUGCUGGGAGGCCGCGUGGCUGAGCAGGUCUUCUUUGACCGCAUCACGACUGGAGCUCAGGACGAUUUGAAGAAGGUCACACAGUCUGCCUAUGCUCAGGUGGUGCAGUUCGGUAUGAGCGAGAAGGUGGGGCAGGUGUCGUUUGAUCUGCCCCGGCAGGGCGAGAUGGUCAUGGAGAAGCCAUACAGCGAGGCCACGGCUGAGCUGAUUGACGCGGAGGUCAGAGAGCUGGUGGACCGAGCGUACGAACACACUCUGCAGCUCAUCCGGGACAAGAAGGACCUGGUGGAGAUGGUAGGAAAGCGUCUCCUGGAGAGGGAGGUCCUGGACAAGGCCGACAUGUUAGAGCUGUUAGGUCCACGGCCGUUUGAAGAGAAGUCGACGUACGAGGAGUUUGUGGAAGGGACGGGGAGCUUCGAGGAGGACACGAGUCUGCCGGAGGGCCUCAGGCACUGGAACCAGGAGAAAGGAGUGGAGGCUGAGGAGAGCAGCCCAGCUCAGGACAAACAGCAGGCUGUGUAGAGCUGGAAAACGACUGUCCACUAAGACACACGAACGCUUUCACGUCCCAGGUGCAAAAACUGACCUACGUUUGUAUUCACAUUUACAGUGUCUGGGAUAUGACAAUUUAAAAGAAAUUAAAUAAUUCAGACCCUCCAAUUAUUCCCAGAAUUACGAGCAGUGAGUUCCCCGCACCAUCACAGUUGUCUCCUCAGCACUCCUUUAGUGUUUAGUUUGAUGUUACAUUAUGGGCUAAAAUAGAAAGAAGGGGGCAAAUAAGUUCAGAAACAACGAGCAUAUUUCACUAUUCAUGAAAUGAAUGUAAAUGGUGUGUAUUUAUACUGCGUGUACAGACUGAUAAUUCCUUUUAUUUAUUUCAUGAAGUCUACUCUUACCCUCUGGACUGACGCCCGCCUUCUUCGUAAUAAGAAGGAAGGUCAAGCUGAACAAAUUGAUAUUUUGAUUUUUACCAUUUUAAAUAUUUUGCUUGUGUGUAUUAAGUUUUAUUUAGUUUUUUCCUGUAGUUUUUGACAACAUUUCAGAGCACGUACAGUUUCAGCUAGUCCAGUGUCGCAGUCCGUUUUGAUUUGUUUUAUGCACAAAUCUUACCCUGAUGCUGCGUCAGUGGUAUGUAAGUGUUUGAAGCACAAACGUUCACACCUCUGAGGAGGUAGCGUUGUUUGUGCAGUUGCAGGAAUAUGUAUACAAAACAAAAGAAAAAUAAUUUCUGCUAAAUAGAAUACAAUUUCUUUGUUGCAGAAAAUGUUGGUGUGCAUUUCUGUACUUUGCAACAGUUUUGGAGCUGGCAUUGAAGUUUAAGAACUUAAUAUACGAGUUAAACUUUAACAGGUCAAUGGAAGGAAACUUGUGCUGGUAGGUCCAUUUUAUCUCAGAAUCUAAUCUGCUGGUGGAAAUUAACAAUUAAUUGCUGGAUAUGACAAUAAAAAGGAAUAAAAUAACGUA